AUGUUGCCUAGCUGGACAUCAACUGCUGCAACCCCGGUCUCAACGCCUACUGUCGAAGAUCUUCCCGACGCGCCGCCAGAUCUCCCCGCCUUCCCCUUCCCUGAGGUGGGCUUGACGACGGACGACCCCGAGUUUACCUGGCUAUCACCGCUCACGCCGUACUCCUUUCCCGAAGAGUUCCAGGAACGAUACGGAGGGCUACUCGCGGGCUACCGAGGCGACGACCUGUCGGAUCCAGAGGAUGAUGACGUUUGCGACUUGGAUGAGCCUCAGCAGCAAGGUUAUACAGAAGGUAUGCCUUGGGUCCAGUUCUCGGAUGCGUCUGCCUCAGAUCUCCUUGAAGAUACUCAGAUUCACGAGCAGCCAAGGUUCACCAUCAAUCCAACGGUGAUCGAUCCACGGGUCGGCAUGUCUGUGCCAGCGGCGGACAUGCACUUUCUGUUGGACGUAUGCCCCGCACCUCGACCUCUUACUACUUCUCACACUACCUCUUCCCAAAUUUUGUCGACGACCAGCAACGCGAUCUCGACCCCAAACAACGCACAUGCCGGGCCUGGCUCCAACAUCGAUAGGAUACCCAAUGAGAUAAUGCUAGAGAUCUUGAGGGAUCUUUUGGUGUUCCCAGGCCAAGCGAUCCGCAUCAGCGAGUCGUACCACCCGACUGGAGAACCCGUACUUCAAGUCGCGACUUCAGGACAACCCAUGCACAAUGACCUCCGCCUGCCACCCCUACGAGACAUUUUGGCCGUAGCUGCGACGAAUCUACGACUCCGCCGCUUCGCUUUCGACGUGUUCUUUGGACAUAACACCUUUGACCUGACCUGCGGCAACAUCCUUUACCGAAAUGCUCUUCAACGGAAUCCUAUUCGAUGGAUCAGGAGUGUACCUAUACUAUACCAAGAGUCGCUAACGCAUGUCGAAAUAUCCCUCUACUUGGGCUUGGGCAUGGUAACCUACCGGGAGAAGAGGAGGAUAAAUACCGAGAACAUGAUUAGGGAAAUUGGAAAGAGCCACACACUGCGGUCAGUAACAAUCAAAGUGCGAGUCCCUUAUGGCAUACAAUCUCUUACGCCUGCCGAAGGGCGACAGAGGUUUCUCCAAAUGCCUGAACUCGACCUUCUCAGUCGUCUUCGCGGAGUAGACCACUUGGUAGUACAGGCCCCUUUCGCACUUGGAGCGCCCGAGACUGCACGGCUGCAGCAGUGCCUGGCAAAGCCCAAAGGUAGGCGCGGCAGGCACGAUCAGCCGCAUGCCUACCCAGCUCUAGCUCUACACCCAUUGAGCAGCGACACCCUGGUGAGGAGGCCUUGGUCAGAACUAGACUCCGAACUCGAGUCCUACGGUAUGGAUCCUGCAGAUUCCUCAACCAAGAUCUCCAAGGCAAAGAAACUGGAACGUUUGAGGCGGCUCGACUGGAAGAACCCAGAUGAACCGGACGAGCCUUGA